AUGCAGCAGUUCCUGCUCGCCGAGACUGUUACUACCCCAGGGUUUGGCGCCGAUGAAGGAGUCGGCUCCCCACUGAGCGAGAAAGAGAUAUGGCAGUACGUUCGUCCGAGUAAGGUGGUUCAGUUCUGGACCCUGCUGAAAAGGAACUUUCAGAACAACCUGCGGAAUCCCGGUAUUUACUGGGUUCGUUUCGUCAUGUAUGUGAUGCUUUCUUUCAUGAUUGGCACUAUGUAUAUCCGUUCGAACGAUUCUCUGACUCAGUUUGACUACAUCCCGAUGCUCUUCUACGUUCAAGCAUUCUUGGUAUUCAUGGCAGUCGCUGUCUUACCAUUCUUCGAUGAGAUCAGAGCUGUCUUUGCACGAGAGAGAGCUAAUUCUAAUCUCAAUGUGCUCAUGUUCGUGCUGGCCAACUUCCUGGCAGCUUUGCCGGGUAUAGCACUGAUCGCCCUCGUGUCUUCUGCGAUGGUCGUUGGUAUCGCUGGUCUCAACGCGUUCGGAUGGUUCUUUCUCAAUCUCUUCCUCUCUAUGGUCGUGUCUGAGUCGCUGAUGAUGCUCCUGGGCGCAGCUACUCCCCACUAUAUAAUCGGCAUCGCCCUUGGGGCCGGUCUGUAUGGUAUGUUCAUGCUGGUCUGUGGGUUUAUGGUACCUCGAGAUAAGAUCCCCGCGGGGUGGAUCUGGGUUCACUACAUCGCCUUUCACACUUAUGCGUUUGGGGCGUUCAUGUACGCUGAGUUCCACGAUGAACCGCCGGCUGGGGAUAUUAUUCUGCGUCAGUUCGAUUUGGAAGAUACGGAUAUUGGCGUGAACAUGGGCGUGCUAGUGGCUUGGACGCUGGUCUUACAAGUGUUAUUCUAUCUGGCGCUUAGGAUUCUCCAUACGGGUAGAAGGUAG